CUGAAACAAACAUUGAAAACCCUAAACCCUUUCAUUUCACUAUCUUCUUCUCAAACCCAUCAAUCUUUUCAACCAUGGCUACUCAGAUCCUCUCUCGCGUCUUCCCCAAAACCCUAACCCUAGCUCCCUUUCUAUCUCGUUCCUUCACCUCCCCACCGCCCUCUUCUCUCUCCGCCCUCUCCUUCCUCCGUCGCAUCUCUGUCGCCGCCAAUCCCUCUCUCUGCCGCCUCCUCCUCCCCACCACCUCCUCCUUCCGCGCCCUCUCCACCCGCGCCACCACCUCCUCCCUUAACGACCCCAACCCUAACUGGUCCAAUCGUCCCCCGAAAGAAACUAUAUUGCUGGAUGGCUGCGACUUUGAACACUGGCUCGUCGUCGUGGAGAAGCCUGAAGGUGACCCCACUCGCGACGAAAUCAUUGAUAGCUACAUCAAAACCUUGGCCAAAGUUGUUGGAAGUGAAGAGGAAGCUAGGAUGAAGAUAUAUUCAGUUUCCACUCGGCAUUACUUUGCUUUUGGGGCACUUGUGUCGGAAGAGCUUUCUUACAAGCUUAAAGAAUUGCCUGGAGUUCGGUGGGUGCUUCCUGAUUCGUAUUUGAAUGUUAAGGAAAAGGAUUAUGGAGGUGAGCCCUUUAUUAACGGGCAAGCAGUUCCUUAUGAUCCCAAGUAUCAUGAAGAGUGGGUUAGAAACAAUGCCAGGGCAAACGAGAGAAACAGGCGCAAUGACAGGCCCCGCAAUGCUGAUAGGUCAAGGAACUUUGAUAGGAGGAGGGAGAAUGUUGUGAACAGAGACAUGCAGGGUAGGCCUCCUAUGUCAAAUCCUGGUGGUCCUCCAAGCAAUGCAGGUGGAUAUGCACCUCCUCCCAGCAACCCGGGGGCAUAUGCACCUCCCAGCAACCAGGGGGCUUAUGCACCUCCCAGCAACCAUGGAGGAUAUGCUCCUCCCAGCAACCAAGGUGGAUAUGCUCCUAACAAUGCCGGUGGAUAUCCCCCUAACAAUGCUGGUGGAUACGCCCCACCAAAUGCAGGUGGAUAUGCUCCUCCCAAUGCUGGAGGUGGUUAUCCUCCUCCUUCUCCUCCUAACAUGGGUGGUGGAUAUGGUCCUGGAGGUGGUGCGCCUCAGGGUAACUACACUGGUAACAUGGGAGGGGUACCCCCCAACCAGAACGCAGGAGGUUUUCAACCAAAUGCAGGAUGGUCAAACAAUGCUCCCAGUAGAGACGUGCCAAGCAGGGAUAUGGGAGGAGCACCUGGUGGAAACCCAUACACAGCGUGAGAUCACUGCUGAUUUUUCUAGCCUAUGUAGAUAAUGAAGAAUUGUGCCAAGACAACAUAGAGUUUAUGCCAUGUUUUCUCAACGAAUUAAAAUCAUUCUUCUUAAUUAUUACUUCUAUUUCCUGAUGAACCUGCAUGUUGUGUGUCUGAAGUUCACAAUUUUUUGAUGGCUAGAUUUGAUCUAUUGGCUUAUGACCGUCUAACUUAUUA